AUGAACCGAAAGUUUAAGACGGCAUAUGGCGUUCUAACUUUUGUAGCCACUAAACCGAAUGUUAAGGUCAACUGGACAAAGUACUUGCUUCUUGUAGCGCCGGCGGCUACUCACGACUAUAUACUUAAUGAUCCAUCAGUCGUAGUUCCGAGCAAGGAAUACAUGGAGCGGUUGAACCAUGUUCUUAAUAAAACGUCACCUAGAACUAUAACUAAUUAUGUAAUGAUCCACUAUAUACUGUCCUGGUUGCCGUGGCUUGAACAGAAAUACAGGGAUCUAAUGGACGUAAGGAAAGAAUUUUCUCGAAAACUAUUAUAA